AACCCAAUUGCUUUUUUAGCUCAAGCUGCUAACUUACGCCUUUUAGAAACAAAACCCACAUGUUAAACUUCACCUCUGCAAAAAUAUGAGCUCAAACAAAAAACACACAUCUUUUCGGGGAAUUCGGAGCCGGAGCGGUAAAUGGGUAUCGGAGAUCCGAGAGCCUCGCAAAACGACAAGAAUAUGGCUAGGAACAUACCCGUUUCCCGAGAUGGCGGCUGCCGCAUAUGACGUGGCAGCUCUUGCUUUGAAAGGAAAUGAUGCUGUUCUGAAUUUCCCGGGUCGGGUUCAUUUAUACCCAGUUCCUUUAUCUUCUUCUCCGGCGGACAUUAGAAUUGCGGCGACGGCGGCGGCGGCAUUGAUGAAGGAAUUGGGAGAAGAAGGUGGUAUUCCGGCGGCGGCGCCGGCGGAGGGGAGAUUUGUUGAUGAGGAUGAGUUGUUUGAUAUGCCACAAUUAUUGGUGGAUAUGGCUGGGGGAAUGAUGGUUAGUCCGCCGAGGAUGUUGUCGCCGCCGGAGACGGCGCCGGCGUCGGAGAAUGGUUCGCCGGGAAGUUCUCACGGCGAGAGAUUGUGGAGUUAUAAUUGAGAUGAGGGAAUUGAAUUUGAAGAAAAGUAUGAAUGAUUAUUGUUGUUGUU